GCUAUAACGAUACACAUGUUGCUAACGGACGCUGCGCAUCCUGGAAUCGUGAAUCGUGAACCGUUCAAACCGUUGAAAACGUUGAAAACGCUCUGAAAUGUAGCCCAAUGCGUUCGCUUUAGGGUAUCCGUUUAAAGCACCGUACACACACACACUCACACACACACACAUACAUAUUCACCCUCUCACCAACUUAGUUGCUUACACACACAUAUUUACACCCGCACUCUCAACUACGAACGAACAAGUGUAAUUCGGUGUGCGUGUGUGCGUGUUGUGUAUCUGUGAGAUAUUUGUGACUUCUCCUCCUCCUUAUCCACCUCGCCAUCGAGUUUGUUUGGUCACUUUGAAGUGCUUAACAAAACCAAUAAAAAUUCAGAAUCCAACGCAGACGGCGUGUCGCGUCUUCGAUCUUUAAGCCUACAAAACUGAAGCUGUUUGGCACCUAUAAAAAUAAUAUUCAAAACGAAAAUCGAAAAUCUUAAGCCAAAACAAAACACAACAAAACAGUUCAUCCAUUAAAGCCAGCUCUAAAGCUAAUAACAAUAAAAGCAACAUGGAAUAUUGAAUGAAUCCGAAUCCAAAGCUGAAUCCGAAGCUGAAUCCAAAUCCAAAAUCAGCACUCUCCACUUUAUCCACUGUGUAUGCACAUAUAUUAACUGACUGGAGGCUGAGGAACUCAUCCGACUGAUGCCCCCGGGGAAAGAUGGCCAGCAAGUUGACAGAGGCAUCUGGCCAAAUGAAAGCAACAGCAGCAACAGCAAGAGCAGCACCAAUAAAGAGUUAAUACGACUGAGAGUAUGAGAAGAGGCAAGUUUAUAACAAGCGACAGCUUCCACUAGCACACACAGCGAGUAACAAAGUUAACGAGUCAGCAAACGAAUGACAGAGAAAGAUAGAACAGAAAGAACGAGAGAAAUGUAUCCCGAGGUCAGCAUAAUCCAGCUGAAGCAGAAGCAGAAGCUGAAGCAGAAGCAUGAAGAAGAAGAGCCGCUGUCAGAGGAGCUCACUCAACAGUAUCAAUGCCAUCAGAGCAGUAAAAGGACUGCAGCUGGCCAGAUGUCGUGGUGUCUGGGCAUUUGCCUGGUGCUCGCCAGUUGGCGACAGACGCAAAGCUCCUACCUGGAGCCGGACGAGCUCAUCCAUGAGCUGGAUCGCCCGGUGCCGCUGACAUCGGUGCACGGCGUGCUCAGCCGCCAGGCGAUGUUGCCCUGCGACAUCACGCCGAUGGAGCGCGACGAUGCUGUCUAUAUGGUGCUCUGGUUUCGAGAGGGAGACGGCGAGCCCAUCUACAACUUCGAUGUGCGGGGGCGACAGUUUGGACAGGCGCGUCUCUGGUCGUCGCCGCUGGCCUUUGGGUCGAGGGCACACUUUAGCAGUACGUCGCAUCCGGCGCAGCUGAAAAUCGACAAUGUACGCAUCGAGGAUGAGGGCGUCUAUCGUUGUCGCGUCGACUUCCGCAAUUCGCCCACCCGAAAUCUGAAAAUAAAUCUAACCGUAAUUGUGCCCCCGGAUCGACCCAUUAUCUAUGAGCCCAACCGCCACGACAAGACCAGCAAUGUCGAGUCCUUCAACGAGGGCAACGAUAUCGUCCUUGCCUGCGAGGUAUCCGGCGGUCGACCCAGACCGAAUGUUACCUGGUAUCUGGACAACACGGUCAUCGACGAGUCCUUUGACCAGCGUGCCGAUGGCAAGACCGUUAAUCACUUGUCCUAUCCCAACAUUGGCAGGCAGCAUCUCAAUGCCCGCCUCGUCUGCAUUGCCAGCAACACGAAUCUGACGCCGCCCAACCAAAAAGUCGUCAUACUGGACGUCAACUUGAAACCUGUGGCGGUGCACAUCCUGACCAAGGAUCGAUUCGUCUCCGCGGAUCGCACCUACGACAUCGAGUGCAAAAGCUCCGGCUCCAAGCCGCCAGCUCUGAUCUCCUGGUGGAAGGCCAACAAGCCGCUCAAGAAACUCACCAAGAAUUUUAAUGAGCCAGACAAUCAAUCCCUAAGCAUACUGACGUUUACACCCACCCGCGAGGACGAUGGCAAAUAUUUAACAUGUCGAGCUGAAAAUCAAUUCAUCGAAGGCAGCUCCAUCGAGGACAAAUGGCGUCUCAUUGUGCACUACCAACCGACGACAGUGCUGAAGAUGGGCUCCUCCUUGAAUCCGGAUGACAUUAAGGAAGGUGACGAUGCCUACUUCGAGUGCAUUGUGCAAUCGAAUCCGAAGCCUUACAAGAUGUCCUGGUUUCACAAUGGCAAGGAGCUGCAGCACAACGUCUCGGUGGGCAUCAUACUCUCGGAUCAAUCUCUAGUUCUGCAGAGCGUCUCGAGGGCCUCGGCGGGCGAUUACACCUGCCUGGCUGUCAAUUCGGAGGGCAAAGGCCUCAGUAAUCCGGUCACAUUGCGCAUACGCUACGCGCCCAUCUGCGCCAUCGACCACGAGGAGCUGCUGGGCGCUCUCAAGCACGAGACGCUGCCGUUGAAGUGCGAAGUCGAUGCCUCGCCACCUGCGGACUCCUUCCACUGGACCUUCAACUCAUCCGGCGAGCAAACCGAGCUACCUGCCCGCCUCCAUUCCAGCGAGACGGGCAUGUCACGACUGAACUACACCCCGAGCUCCGAUCUGGACUACGGCACAAUUUCCUGCUGGGGCAAGAACUCAAUUGGACUGCAGAAGAGUCCCUGCGUCUUUCAGAUUGUGGCAGCAGGUCGCCCCUUUCCGCUGCAGAACUGUACGGUGAGCAAUCAGUCGGUGGAUUCACUGCAAGUCGACUGCAUCGAGGGAUUCGACGGCGGCUUGCCCCAGAGCUUCAUGCUCGAACUAGUCGAGUUGAACUCGCUGCGUCUGGCCCGCAACAUAACUGUAACUCACACGCCAGUGACCUUUGUGAUUGAGAACCUGGAUCAGGCGGCCACCUAUCGCAUGAUCAUCUUCGCAGUGAAUGUCAAGGGUCGCUCCGAGCCCAUAAUCAUUGACGACAUCAACUUUAAAGGCGUGGCGAAGCUAACAAGCAGCACAACGGGUCUGAGCAUGCCGCUCUCUCCGUUCCUGGCCGGACUGACGCUCUUCUGUGGCCUGCUGUUUGCCAUAUCCUGCAUCAUUCUGGCUGCGAUAUACAGACGCUUCUCUAAUCGCCGCAACGAUAAUAAUCUGAAAGCCGUUAAGCACACACAAUUAGCCAUACCCGCAGACUGCCAGCUGGACCCGCUGCGUCCCAAUCAGCAUGCAAAUGGCCAGGGCCAAGGGUUGGGCCGUGGACAGGAGCAGGCUCACCACAGUCUGCUGCCGAUUAAUUGUGAUAAUCGAAAUGCGGUCGACUGCGGCAACUUGGGCAUCGGCGAGUCGGGCAUCGAUGGCGGCACAAGAACCUCGCCAAGUGGCCAUGGACUGCAAAUGGCGAUGGCCAGCGACACGCUGCGUUCCACGGCGCGCACUCGACCGAGUCCUCAGCUGAUGGGGGGCGAUCAGGCGGACAUCGACGACACGGAUCCCGAUGUUAUACCCAAUCAGUAUGAAAAACGCCCUCUUAAGGCGCUUGUGGUGUCGCCGGGCUUUGCGAGUCCCUCGUCGCGUUUGCUGCAGCGGGAUUACUGCCACAGUCGAGAUGCCGAGCAUCUGAAGAGCACGCCCGAUUGCAUGACAGCCGCAGCUGCGGCCGAGGCCAGCACAAUUGGCCUGCUCAGCAACUCUGGCAACGAAGUGCUGCACUACACCUUCCGCCCAAGCAAACAAAUUAGCUAUGCCACUCUGAACAAGAAGGGCAUCACCACCUGCAGUCCGCCGCUGGGGUCGCUGACCUACAAUGACCUGCACUCUUCCACACCUAACAGAGUGCUGCGGGAGUCGCAUUUCUGAAUUGACGACAUAUCCCUAGAUCGUAUAUCAAUAUACCAUACAUAUACUCGUAUAUUGUAUCAAUCUCUAUGAAAAAAAAGUAUUACCUAUUGAUUUUUGAAACGAGUUUAACUACUAGCCACAAUAUGUGUUGAAUACCUUAGCCUGUAAGUUUUAGUAUAAUUGUAAAUAGAUCUAGAUAUAUUACUAAAUAUAUGGAUGUAUGUAUGUAGAGAACGGGAGAAUUGGAUUAUCGAUGGGAGAUUGAAGUGGUAAUCGAAUGUCUUCACAUUAGCAUGAAUGUUUUCCUGGAAUUUAUUUGUGUGUACUGCCUAAAUCAAAUCGCAACGAUAAACAUAAAAAAUUACGAUAACGAUCCCUUUGUAAAUAACGCGAAAAUUGUUUGUUAUCUCUCGAAUGGCUCCCAGCAUAGAAAAUAGUAAAUAAAACUCUAUGAAUAAGUUAUUUAAGCUAAGCAUAUAGAACAAUUGUGCUGGCUAACUGUGUCCUCAGCAAAAGAAAAGAGAAACUUGUAUUAGUUAAUGAUAAUAUUAUAUAUUACAAUGGAUUGGCAUUCUCUACAGACUUCCUAAUUAUACAAAUACUAUAUAAAUAUAUAUAUAUGAUCUAUGUAUGCUUCGUAUUCGAAGGAACACUGUUUGCGACACAGUCUAGCCAAUUAGUAUAUGUGUAUGUGAAAG